AAAAAGUUGACACAUGAAAAUAAUUUUUUUUUAAUUUUUCUCUUUUCUUCAAAUAUUCAUCAAAAUCAACUUUAGACUUUGAAUUUCCAGCACCAAAAAAACCAAAGAAAAUGUCUUCAAAAAAUGCAUCAAAGAAAUCCAAAUGGUCAUUAGAUUUUAGUACAAAACAAAACACAGAUUUACCAUCACCACCAGGUUACAAUCAUUCAACAUUGAUUAACCAAACCGAAGUUGUUAAGGAUAAUCACUUGAUUAUAAAGAAAUCAUGGGAUCUAGCAUUGGGACCAUUGAAACAGAUUCCAAUGAAUCUAUUCAUCAUGUACAUGUCGGGUAAUUCAAUUUCCAUUUUCCCCAUCAUGAUGGUCGGUAUGAUGCUUAUUCGACCUAUCAAAGCCAUGUUCUCAACACAAACUACAUCUAAAUUGGCUGACGGAGCGCAAGGAAGUGGACAAAAGUUGGUUUAUUUCUUAGGUAAUUUGGCCAAUGUAGCUUUGGCGUUGUAUAAAUGCCAAAGUAUGGGAUUACUGCCGACUCAUGCGUCAGAUUGGUUAGCGUUUGUUGAGCCACAAACAAGACUAGAAUACUAUGGAGGAGGUGUAUCUUUUGUUUAAAAUUAUAAAAGUAAAUGAAUUUACUAGCUAAAAAAAUAAUUUCCAUUUUAUGUUUGGUCGGAUUUAGUUAUGUAUUAUGAAUAAUUUAUGUUUUUUUGAUUGUCAAUAAUAAAAUUAAUGGUAUAGACAUAACAUAAA